ACCCUCGGUCUUCCAGUGAGAAAGCAGAGAUUCAGGCUCCUGCAAGCUGCGGCGUUGUCAGUUCCCCACCCCUCGCCGCUGCGCAUGCUUCCUGGGUUGAUUUGCUCGUUGUAAGGCGGAGCGAAAGGACAGAUUUUCUUCUUGUUCCCGCCCCUCUUCUUUCCUCACCUGCCACGUACUGGGCCCGAGCUCUCGCUAGGCUUGGUGGGUCCGUGCGAUUGGCCGGGGCCCGCGCGAGCCCGCCAGCGAGGUGCAGCGGCCCCGGAGGACAACCGAGUGGGCCGUGACAGUAGCCUUCCCCCAACGCCCCAGAGCCCGGCGGUGGCGGCCUCGCACCGGUUGGAUCAGCAGAGACCCGCGGAGGGGCGGCAGUGGCGGCCUCGGGAAGCCGUCUUUUUCUAGAGUUGUAUAUAUAGAACAUCCUGGAGUCCACCAUGAAUGGGCAGUUGGAUCUGAGUGGGAAGCUAAUCAUCAAAGCUCAACUGGGAGAGGAUAUUCGACGAAUUCCCAUUCAUAAUGAAGAUAUUACUUAUGAUGAAUUAGUGCUAAUGAUGCAGAGAGUCUUCAGAGGAAAACUUCUGAGUAAUGAUGAAGUUACAAUAAAAUAUAAAGAUGAAGAUGGAGAUCUUAUAACAAUUUUUGAUAGUUCUGACCUUUCCUUUGCAAUUCAGUGUAGUAGGAUACUGAAACUGACGUUAUUUGUUAAUGGCCAACCAAGACCCCUUGAAUCAAGUCAGGUGAAAUAUCUUCGUCGAGAACUGAUAGAACUUCGAAAUAAAGUGAAUCGCUUAUUGGAUAGCUUGGAACCACCUGGAGAACCGGGACCAUCCACCAACAUUCCUGAAAAUGAUACUGUGGAUAGUAGGGAAGAAAAGCCGGCUGCUUCUGAUUCUUCUGGGAAACAGUCUACUCAGGUUAUGGCAGCAAGUAUGUCAGCUUUUGAUCCUUUAAAAAACCAAGAUGAAAUCAAUAAAAAUGUCAUGUCAGCAUUUGGCUUAACAGAUGAUCAGGUUUCAGGGCCACCCAGUGCUCCUGCCGAGGACCGUUCAGGAACUCCCGACAGCAUUGCUUCCUCCUCCUCUGCAGCUCACCCGCCAGGAGUUCAGCCACAGCAGCCACCAUAUACAGGAGCUCAGACCCAAGCAGGUCAGAGUGAAGGUCAGAUGUACCAGCAGUACCCGCAGCAGGCUGGCUAUGGCACUCAGCCACAGGCGCCCCCCCAGCCGACACAGCAGUACGGUAUUCAGUAUGCAGGCUACAGUCAGCAGACUGGACCCCAGCAACCUCAGCAGUUCCAGGGAUAUGGCCAGCAGCCAGCUUCCCAGGCACCGGCUCCUGCCUUCUCUGGUCAGCCUCAGCAACUUCCUGCUCAGCCGCCGCAGCAGUACCAGGCGAGCAGUUACCCUCCACAGACCUACACUACCCAGACUUCUCAGCCCACUAAUUACACUGUGGCCCCUGCCUCACAACCUGGAAUGGCUCCAAGCCAACCCGGGGCCUAUCAACCAAGACCAGGUUUCACUCCACCUCCUGGGAGUACCAUGACCCCUCUUCCGAGCGGGUCAAACCCUUACGCACGUAGCCGUCCUCCCUUUGGUCAGGGCUAUACCCAACCUGGACCAGGUUAUCGAUAAGGAGGCUCAGUUACACUGAUGAACGUAGCUGCUAGCUGUUUGCCUCCCAAAAGACUCCAGUACUACUAUUUUAAUUUGUAUUGAAGUUCAGAAGUUUAAAAAGCAGAGCAUUUUUUUAUGAUAUCAUUGUUGCUGUUAAUUGAAAGUUAAUUUGCUGGAAGAAAAAAAAGACCAAAAUGAAAGUUUUUUUCCUCCCCUGCUUAAAAUUGUAGCAGCUCCCUAGUUAUUUUGGAACACUACUCUUACAUGUGUGCAAAGUGAUUGACUUUCUAGCUUGCCUUGUCCAGAGGAUAUUAAAAUGCUAGGUUGAAGUUCAGCCAUCUUACUUGGCUUUUUACUAUUAACAUGAUGUACUAAAGUAAAGUAGAUCCCUUUGCGAAGACUAGAUAUUAUGUAUAAAUGUAACAAACAAACAUUGAUUGAUUGAUAGGUUAAUAAAGAAAGAUGAUUGACUCCAUUA